GCAGUCCGCGACUGAUGCCGUUGUUCUACUCUCUCCAUAUCCCUUGUACUCGGCGGGUACUCCUUGGGUUUCCACGAUGCCUUCAUUCUGGUGUUAGCUACAAAAGUGAAAAGUUUCUGAGGCGUAGCGGUGUGUUCCACACACUCAAGGCAGGCAAAGGAAGCUCCAGUGAACAGGUUAGGCAACAAGCUGAGAGGGAAAUGCAACAUUUUUGGGAGAAAAACAUUAAUGAAAAGCGCCCUUGGUCUCCACACUUGCAAAUAUAUUCUCCUCCUGCUGUUAUGCGUUUUUCAUUUCUCCAUCGAGCUACAGGAAUUGCCAUGGCUAUCGUUUGGGCAAGUGUUGGUUGGGGCGCGUUUUGGUUUACGGGCCACUACGAUUCCAUGCUUGAUUACAUUCGCAACUUGCAGUUGGGACCAGCCGUCAUUGCCGGUUGCAAGUUCGUGUUGUGUUAUCCACUAGUUUAUCACUAUAUGAACGGUAUGCGACACUUGGAAUCAGUGAAGAACUCCUCUCCUUCCCAUGGAUUGUUGCAAAUAUCUUUACCAAGGUGUGUCGGAAUCACACCUCGGACGAACGAUGUUAUUUUUACUGGUUUUCGAACUCCGGCGGACAUGAACGUGGUGUUCUUUGGCGGGGAUGUUCAGGAUUUUGAGCUGAAUAUGUUAUCUAGUUCUGCGAGAAGGAAGUAUAUUCAAUGGAGUCUGGAAGCUACUGGACGCUUACUUAGUCGGCGCUUUAGUAGCUUGUUUGCUUCUGUUCAUGUGUGGGUCAUUCGACCGUGCGCAUGGGUUUCCGAAGUUUUUGCCAGCUACUCCAACUUCGUCGUGGUGGAUGUCGAUGGUAAUCCCGUUUUCAACAGAACGCGUCCCACAUCCUGUUCGACAAUUGAGCAUCUGGCUGCUCUACUAAUCGAUGCCUGCGGGCGAAUUCGUGAAGUUGAUCCAUCAAUUGACGUGGAUUUUACACAACACCCCAUAAGCUUGAUUGGGUUCAGCAAGGGGUGUUGUGUUUUGACGUCUUUACUCUACGAGAUGUCUACCUGUCACCUGUUCUCUAAUCUUCCGCCGAAGUAUACAACGUCCUUGACAGAUACGGCCGACAGUGUUAUCUCUCGUGUUCGUUCAAUGUACUGGCUGGACUCUGGCCAUUCCGGAGUACAACAUCAGUGGCCUGUCUGCAUCGAUCGCUUAUCUGCCUUGGAUCCCCAUAAGUGCCCUCUUUUUCGCAUAUUCGCAACACCAUAUCAGCUGAUGGAUGACCGUCGUCCAUGGAAAGCACAAGACUAUCAAUCUUUCAUCACUUUCCUGGAUCAGCUCCACCUACCUCACUCUCAUUCAGAGUUGUUUUUCGAAGACGCGAAACAUGCAAAGAAAAAUGCGGCACGCACGCCAUUCGAUUUGCAAACUCAUUUUUCCUUACUAGAACACUUUGACCCUUAAUUGCACCCGUGGCACGAACAAACUCGAGUUCUCUGUCCUUUGAAACAUCCCCAGCCAUCAGCAUCUAACGGCAUCCCGUCUAGCACUUUCUACCACGUUUUGGUCACCAGAACAGCAACAGGGACGUGGCCACUGGAGAAUGUUAGUUUCAGCACUAUACCAAUGUUGCGUGCACCAGUUCCAUACUUGAAUAAACAACCAUCCUUCUUGUUACCGGUACAUUAAGCUGAAGAGAUGUUCGAUCAGGAGCCUCUCUCGGUGGAACUUGGAAUCUUUUGGAGUCGACACCUUUUGAUAGCUCAUGUGAUGAGAACUGGUCACCACUUCACUUCAUCCAGUGACUUCAAUUCAGGGUUAUAUCUUCUGUGUCACCGUCUCUAUGCGUAUGCGACUACUAGCCCACAGCAUAUUUUACUCUUUGGAUGAGAGGUUGACGAUAAUCUUGAACAACUUUUGGUGUGGUAUCGUUACGCAUUUCACACACGGUGGACAUUAUUGCACUUUAGCCUCCCCAUUUAUUGGGUCCACUCCAAAAAGUGGUCGAUGUCUACGUAACCUCACAGGUCACUCCUUUAAAUUUGAUGAUGCUUAUUCCACACUGAAAGUUCCUGGCCCCUUGUUCCCUAUUUUUGCCUAACUAUUUCCGUGAAAAAACACGAAACCUACCACCAGAAUGGUAGAAUCAUGAUUCCCCUGGUUCUCCUCUUCUGUCGCCAAUCAUAUGUUGCCCACCGCUGCUUCUUCACUGGUUCUUGUUAUCAAUACAUGCAUUUGUAUUUCAACAAGACCGUUCCUACACUUUUGUGCAGUUGACAUCACAGUCAGUUUAUCAUACUCGAACUCUGGUGCCCAACCGUUACUAGCUCAUAUUUGGGAUAAAAGCUUUAAUGCCGUAACCUCAUCGCAUUACUAUAUUUGGAGUGUACACUAUCAGGAUCUGCC